CAGAAACUACACUUCCUAUUCCCACCUGCGUUCGAGGUGGAGAGGAUCAUGAGCAGUGGCUGUGGAAGUCGUAUCUGCGUCUGGGGAUCCCGAGGUGUGACCAUUGCUGAACUGCCAUCGAGGUGGGGCCGAGGUGGACUCUUCGAUUCCGGCAACCAGACCGUACUGUGCAAGAGUUACUCCUUGGACGAACGAUUCCUGUACUGCCAGGGUGAGGUACGCCGUGUCCAUUGGCAUCCCGCGUCACUGUCACACGUGUUCGUAUUGGGAUCGGAUAACACUAUCAGACUCUACAACAUAGCCCUGAAAAAAGGUCCCAAAUUAGUCCAAAGUUUCACCAUUGGCAUCAAACCAUCAAGCCAGUUAGCUGGUAGGAACAUACUGGACAGUCUUGGAGACACUGCCGUGGACUUCACUCCUAUACCUGAUAGCGAAACACUACUGAUUCUGAGGGGGAAUGGAGACGUCUAUAUGAUGCAGUGUGAAUUGGAACGUAAGAGCCCCCUACAACCGAAAUUGUCGGGUCCUCUCGCAAUGUAUCCGCCGGCAGAUGACAACUACGGCUCGGAGUCGUGCUCCAUCACCGCUCUGGGAGGAGGAGACACCCCUCCUCUUGUGGUCGUCGCCACUUGUUCAGCUGCCUUGUACCAUUGUCUGCUGUUGCCUAAUCCUUCGGAGAAAGAAGACGGUGACACCCACGCCCUCUACGUGGUGGAAGCAGUGGAACUGAAUGUCAACCUGAGCCCUGAUGAUGAGCAGUCCUACUCAUACCCUGUCGACUUGUAUCCUUGCACGAACAACACGUACGCGUGCGUCCACGCGGGCGGAGUGCACGCCAUCACACUGCCCAUACUGGGACAUCUCGUCGACUACGCAUUGGCUGAUGACACGGAGAGUGAGUGCGUGCUGGGCGCGCUGUGCGGGCGCGGCGCGGCGGCGCGGCACGUACUGCAGAGUGCGGGCGCGGCCGGACUCGCGCUCACUCCGCCGCCGCUGCAGAGGGUACUGCUACUGGUCGAGCCCGCCACCUUACUGCCCAGAACAUUGGAACCAUUCGAUCUUGAAGAACAGUUAUACAAGGAGUUGCAGCUCAAGAACCCGACACUGGAACAGGAUGACAUCAACAAUAUACUGAAAGAGAGGCAGAAGCUGUCGUUCACAUCCAUCAUACAAGAGAUUCUCACGAGGGAUGUAUCUCAGCCCAUCCUUCAGAUCAGUAAGAAAGAGGAGCCCAGUCCUAAACAAUGCCUAGAAUUCCUAAGCCAGGCGACCCUGAAGCUCCGCGGCGAGUACAUGUCCCGGCAGCAGCGAGCCUGCGACGCCAUCGGCCGCAAGCUGCAGGCGCUGCGGGCGCUCGGGGACCAGCACCGGGACUGGCUGCGGGACUUACAGAAAGAAAUAGAUGAAGUACAGCUUCAGUCGACCGUCCUCAAGGAAAAGUGCAUGUUGGCUGAGAAACAUCAGGAUGAUCUGAAAUACAGAUGCAGCGCCGUGGUCCGCGCGGGCCGUGCGGCGGCCGGGCCCUGUCCGGCCGAGCGCGCGCUGCUCGCCGAGCUGCAGCAACACGCGCGCCGCGGGGACACGCUGCGGGGACACGUCGCGCAACUCAAGGCACACGCCGCCUACAGGGCGCAGGAGAUGGAGAAAUGGGAGUCGGAGUAUAAGAAGAAGGACAUAGCUCUGGGCCAAUCACACAGCAAUACAAUCUCCAGUAUUCUACAACAACAGACCAGUCAAAUAAAAACGCUCAUGGAAGAACGAAACUACUGA